AUGCCGGGGCCCCGCGGGUUCUGCCUGCUCGCCCUGCUGCUGCUGGGCAGCCCCGCCGCUCCGCGCCCAGAUGGCCGCCCCAAGGCAACACCUCUCCCCACCAGCCCUCAUCCACUGCCUGUGGAUGAAGCAAGUAUGGGGGGACCCAGACAGAGUGCAGCCUUCAACCUGCUGCCUGCUGCUGAGGACAGCCCCAAGCCAGCAGUGGAGGGACCAUCACUGCAUGCACAGAGCCAUAUCUUGCCAGCACCCACCGCAGACCCCAGGGCUGACACCAAGCAGACUUUCCCUGCUAAGAAAAAGCCGCCUGCCCUAAAGCACAGUAACACAGCGAGGAAGCAGCUGAAGGCCAAGCCCACGUUGCCAGGGCUCUCCAGGGCUGUGAGCACACGGAGCUCCGUGCUCUCCAUGUCCUCCCAAGAGCUGCCCAUGCCAACAGAGACAGCGGACGGGCAGAGGCAGAGCCCCCCUGAGCUGCUCGGAUGGGGUCCCACCAGCCGCCCUGUGCUGCAGAUCUCCCCUUCCACCCCACCACCAUCAACUGCUCGGCCCUUCCCUGAUGGCCCUGGUGACAUGGGCAUGGGUCCCACGGCAGCUCCCAGUGGCACGAUUAACCAGAUGGACAGCGCUGAGAGCGAGAUGAAUGGCUCUGCCUCAGAGGAGAGCCAAGAAACCACCACCUCCACCAUCAUCACCACCACCGUCAUCACCACGGAGCCCACCCCGGUGCGCUGCAGUGUGAGCUUCUACGACCCUGAGGGCUACAUCGACUCCACGGAUUAUCCCCCGCUGCCCCGGCACAGCUUCCUGGAGUGCACCUACAACGUCACUGUUUACACUGGCUAUGGCGUGGAGCUGCAGGUGAAGAACGUCAACCUGUCAGACGGGGAGGUGCUUUCCAUCCGUGGCGUGGAUGACAACACACUGGUGGUGCUGGCUAACCAGACGCUGCUGGUGGAGGGCCAGGUCAUCCGCAGCCCCACCAACACCAUCUCCGUCUACUUCCGCACCUUCCAGGACGAGGCAGUGGGGACCUUCCAGCUGCACUACCAGGUGUUUAUGCUGAGCUGCAGCUUCCCACGAAGACCCGACUUCGGAGAUGUCACCGUGAUGGACCUGCACUCGGGCGGCAUCGCUCACUUCCACUGCCAUCUGGGCUACGAGCUGCAGGGCCCCCAUAUGCUCACCUGCAUCAAUGCAUCCCGGCCCCACUGGAGCAGCCCCGAGCCCAUCUGCUCAGCACCCUGUGGAGGCACCGUGCACAAUGCCACCAUCGGCCGUGUCCUCUCGCCCAGCACCGCGGGCAACCAGUCGGGCAGCAUGUACUGCGUGUGGGCCAUCACAGCACCCCCGGGCCAAAAGCUGCACCUGCACUUCGAGAAGCUGCUGCUGGCCGAGAGGGACAGGAUGGUGGUGUACAGCGGGGACAGCAACCGCUCGGCCGUGCUCUACGACUCGCUGCGUGCUGACAGCGUGCCCUUCGAGGGGGUGAUCAGCGACGACUCCUCCAUCCGCAUCGACUUCCUCGCCGAGGAGCCAGCCGCCUCCACUGCCUUCAAUAUCCGCUUCGAAGCCUUUGAGCGGGGCCACUGCUACGAACCCUACAUCCAGAAUGGGAACUUUACCACCUCCGACCCCACCUACAACCUGGGCACCACCGUGGAGUUCACGUGUGACCCUGGGCAUUCCUUGGAGCAGGGCCCUGCUGUCAUCGAGUGUGUCAACAUGCGGGACCCCUACUGGAACGACACGGAGCCGCUGUGCCGAGCCACGUGCGGGGGGGAGCUGACGGCCAUGGCCGGGGUGAUCCUGUCCCCUAACUGGCCAGAGCCCUACACGGAGGGAGAGGAUUGUAUCUGGAGAGUCCACGUGGGUGAGGAGAAGCGGCUGUUUCUGGACAUCCAACUCCUGAACCUCACCAACAGUGACAUCCUCACCAUUUAUGAUGGGGACGAGCUCUCUGCCCGCAUCCUGGGGCAGUACAUUGGCAGCAGCGGCCCCCAGAAGCUCUACUCCUCCAGUCCUGACCUCACCAUCCGGUUCCACUCAGACCCUGCUGGGCUCAUCUUUGGGAAGGGCCAAGGAUUCAUCAUGAACUACAUAGAGGUGUCGCGCAACGACUCCUGCUCCGACCUCCCCGAGAUCCAGAACGGCUGGAAGACCACAUCCCACACCGAGCUGGUGAGAGGGGCCAAGAUCACCUACCAGUGUGACCCAGGUUAUGACAUCGUGGGGAGUGACACGCUCACCUGCCAGUGGGACCUGAGCUGGAGCAGCGACCCUCCUUUCUGUGAAAAGAUUAUGUACUGCACAGACCCAGGAGAGGUGGAGCACUCGACUCGCCUCAUCUCUGACCCCGUGCUGCUGGUGGGCACCACCAUCCAGUACACCUGCAACCCUGGCUUCGUGCUGGAGGGCAGCUCACUGCUGACCUGCUACAGCCGCGAGACUGGGACGCCCAUCUGGACCUCACGGCUCCCACAUUGCGUCUCGGAGGAGUCUCUGGCCUGUGACAAUCCAGGGCUGCCAGAAAAUGGCUACCAAAUCCUCUACAAACGCCUCUACCUGCCCGGCGAGUCUCUGACCUUCAUGUGCUAUGAGGGCUUCGAGCUCAUGGGGGAGGUGACCAUCAAGUGCAUACUGGGACAGCCAUCGCACUGGAGUGGGCCACUGCCCAUCUGCAAAGUCAAUCAGGACAGCUUUGAACACGCUCUGGAAGUAGCAGAAGCUGCUGCAGAGACAUCGUUGGAGGGGGGAAAUAUGGCCUUGGCCAUCUUCAUCCCGGUGCUGAUCAUCUCCUUGCUGCUGGGAGGAGCCUACAUCUACAUCACCAGGUGCCGGUACUACUCCAGCCUCCGCCUGCCCCUCAUGUACUCCCACCCCUACAGCCAGAUCACGGUAGAAACGGAGUUUGACAACCCAAUUUAUGAGACAGGGGAAACAAGAGAAUACGAAGUUUCGAUAUAA